CGCGCGCGUAUCUAACUGUAAAAUUCGUUCUUGAAGAAAAGUGAAAAACAUUAGCGGUAUUGAUCUUUCGAUUGUUAUUUCGCUGGUUUGAUAUUCACAAUAUGAAAUAAAAGUCGUUAGAAAUUUUAUAAAAGAAAUCGUGAGUGUAAAACGAGAAAGACUGUUUUGUCGUGCGUUCUGGACUAAGAGAUAUACACACGCCAGUCGUGAGUCGGAAGAACCUGUGAUAUGAACGUACAGGAGCAUCUCCUGAUGACGAACUUAGAUAAAGAUUCUGUGUUUAUUGCGCAUAUUUUGGAUAACGCGACGUUGCAGGAUAUACAGCAGCAGAAUCCACAGUUAAUGCUCACACUAUGCGUGAAGAGGUCAACGUUAGUUCCAUUCUGCCGCUAUGGACACUACGAUAUAGUCAAAUAUCUCAUCGAAAGGUGCGGGGCGGAUGUGAAUCUGCCUGGCGUAGUGGUGUUCGAUGACAAGGAGAUUGAAGAUGCGUCGCCACUAUGGUGUGCGGCUGCGGCCGGUCAUUUGGAUUUGGUUGUGCUGCUGGUGCAGUAUGGUGCUAAAUUGAAUUCCACCACCAAAACAUACUCCACACCUUUACGAGCAGCUUGUUUUGACGGUUACUACGAAAUUGUCAAGUAUUUGGUGAGACGAGGUGCAGAUAUCGAGAUAGCGAACAGACACGGUCACACAAGUUUGAUGAUUGCCUGUUACAAAGGUCAUACUAAAAUCGUCAAGUUCCUACUUGACCGGAAGGCACAAGUUAAUCGGAAAUCCGAAAGUGGUGGCACGGCACUUCAUGACUGCGCUGAAAGCGGAUCCUUAGAGAUCGCAAAGAUGCUCAUCGAACAUGGCGCCAGAAUGUGCGUCGAUUCCGAUGGAGUAUCACCACUCCUAGCAGCAGCGCUAGCAGGCUAUAAAAACGUUUACGAAUACUUCAUUAGUAUACCCAAUCUGGUGAGUCGAAAGGAACGAAUAGAUGCGUUAGAAUUGCUGGGCGCCACGUAUGUAGAUAAAAAUGAGGACAUGAUGGGGGCAUUUGAUCUUUGGAAACGAGCGAUGGACGAGAGGUAUCGAGAUGAUUGCCCUGUAUUAUACAAACCACCAUCGACCGCUAUAGCAGCUUACAACUUCGCAAAGGAAGUCACUGAUGCUGACUCAUUAAACGAAUUAUUAAACGAUCCGGACCAAAUACGAAUGCAAGCACUGGUAAUUAGAGAACGAAUAUUAGGACUAGGUCAUCCUGAUACUAUUUAUUAUAUACGCCAAAGAGGAGCAGUAUACGGGGAUGGCGGAAUAUUUGACCGUUGUAUUAAACUUUGGAAUCAUGCAUUAGAUUCAAAGCAGAGUAUACUAAGACCACUGGAUGAAACGACUCUAACUGCUCUACUUUGUUCCAUCCAAGUCUUCAGCACUAUGAUAGACAGACAACAAAGUUCUGACCGAACAAUACCGCCGAUCCAGAACGAAGGACUUGUAGUGUUUAAAAAAACAGUGCUACAAGUGAAACUUGGAAAACAAAUGUUGGACACAGUACCAUUUUAUGAACGUAAUAUAACGCAUCUGAACGAAGCUCUUAUGAUCGCUUUACGUCUAGCAAGUUUGUUAACGCAUGAAAUGCCAGAAGAAAACACCGAAAAACAUAAGUCAUUGUUUCUAGCAAUUCAUAAAUUAGUUAGAAUAAAAGCCAAAGGCACUAAUGACAGCGACCUGAUGCAUUUAAUUUUUAGUCGUCACAUGAUUGGAAUUGGACCGAAGUCUCCGACGUAUAGAUCCCUUUCGCCACAGUUACUGAAAGCUCUGAUAAAAACCGGAGCUGAUGUCUCAGCAAAAGACAAAUUUGGAGAUACACCAUUACAUAAAGCUGCUAUGUUUGAUGCACCUUCCGAUCUUAUCACCAUUCUUCUCGAUGCUGGUGCUCAUAUUGAUGCUGUUAAUAAAACCGGUAGAACUUUUGAAUCGUCCGUAAAAGAUAGACGUCAAUACGAGGCUGUGUAUCCUGUAAGAUACAUUACACUCUCCUGCUUAGCUGCCAGAGUAAUUCGAAAAACAUAUAAUGAUACGAUUUUCGAGUUGGUACCAAAUCAUCUUCGAGACUUUCUUCAAAUGCAUUAGUGAUAUUAACAGGCGAC